AUGAUAUUAUUUCAGUUUGGACAACUGAGUCAACUCAAUCAACCAUUACCACAAAUUCAGCAACUGCAAAACCAGAUGCUGCUCUUGCAGCCGCCGGAAAAGACGGAAACACCACAAAGAGAAACUCCAGCGCAAACUCAAACGGUUCCAACUGAUCACACGACAACUCCUCCUCCUCCCACGGAGUAUUGUCAGACAGGGAUAACUGAGUAUCCAAAGGUGUACGAAGAUUAUACACUGAGGUGUCAAGCUAACAACUGCAGGGAAGCUUUCCACGAGGUUCUGAUUCCUUCACCACCUGUGAACGGAGACGAUUCAUAUUUGUGUACUUUCGGUAUUUUCCCGAUAGGAUUUUUGGUGAAGGGUAAGUUUCCCAGUUGGUCUUCUGUUUUAACCAUGUUUUCUCUCCCUAACAACCAGAAUGCUGGUAAGCAUAGUGCAGGAAAGUCUUCUCCAAGAGUGUUUUAUGAUGAAGAUGAUGUAUAUGUAGAGAAAUUAGAGAGAUCUUCUGAAGAUAAUAGUGAUGAAGAUGAUGACUGGUAG